AUGACUGCGUUACUUGAUUUAGAGGGACAUUUAGUAUUUUAUCGGUCUUAUCACAAUAAUCAUAAAAAUGUUUCUAUUCAUGUUUGCUGCAUUCCCGUGAUUUUAAUAACAGCGAUUGGCAUCUUGUCACCAGUGGAACUUUUCGGUAACUUUUACCCGUAUAUUAAUUUGGGCUCGUUACUAGCGUUAACCUAUGGCUUAUACUAUAUUGCAUUAGAUUGGAAACUUGGAACUCCAAGUGCUGUUUUUUUACUUUCUGUUGCAUAUUUACUCAAGCUGGUUUACCUUGACUUAGGUACUUCGUCAGAAGAAUUCACUAAAACUCAUUUUAUUUACACUUGCGUAUCACUCCACGUUCUUUCGUGGUUGGCGCAAUUUUAUGGGCAUUUUGUUUAUGAAAAGCGUGCUCCUGCGUUAUUGGACAAUCUUUUGCAGGCUGUAGUAUUAGCACCCUAUUUUGUCGUUUUUGAGCUUGCAUUUUGGCUCGGUUACAGAUUGGACUUAAAAAAAUCUAUGGAUAAUAGGGUUGGAGUUUUAAUUAGAGACUUGAAGCUAAGAGAAAAGGCUGCACAUGGACAAUGA